AUGUCCAUCCAUCCAUCCAUCCAUCCCAUCCGCCCCGUCCAUCACCUUCUCACCUUCUCACCUCACCGCACCACACCGCACCACACGCGCAUUCAGCCGCACCACCUCCCUCCAAUCGACCAUCCACACGGGCAGCGCACUCGCGCGCCCCCUGCCUCUAUCCCUGACCCCGUCCCCGUCCCCGUCCCUGCCCCUAUCCUUGUCCCUGCCCCUGCCCUUGCCGACCCCAACGCCAUCCCCAACAUCACCAUCAACAUCAACAUCAACAUCAACAUCAACCCCAACCCCAGUCCCGACCCCGGCACCCGAUCCCGCCGCCAUACGUACAUACACAUACAUACGCAAAUAUAG